AUGAGGCGGAGAUGUGCCACCGGGGAGGCCUGGCACGAGGUGAUGCUGGCCAGCAUGUACGGGAAAAAGUGCGACCCCAAAUCCGACUUCCUGCCCGGGGAGGAAUUCACCUGCGGGUCCAACUUCGCCAUCAUCUACUUCAUGAGCUUCUACAUGCUCUGCGCCUUUCUGAUCAUCAACCUGUUUGUGGCCGUCAUCAUGGAUAACUUUGACUACCUGACGCGUGAUUGGUCGAUUCUGGGCCCCCAACACUUGGACGAAUUCAAAAAGAUCUGGGCUGAAUACGAUCCUGAAGCCACGGGGCGCAUUAAGCACCUGGACGUGGUCACUCUCCUGAGGAGGAUUCCUCCUCCUCUGGGGUUUGGGAAGUUCUGUCCACACCGAAUCGCCUGCAAGAGGCUGGUGUCCAUGAACAUGCCUCUGAACAGCGAUGGAACCGUCACCUUUAACGCCACGCUGUUCGCCCUGGUCAGAACCGCCCUCAAGAUCAAGACCGAGGGUAACUUUGAGCAGGCCAAUGAGGAGCUGAGGGGAAUCAUAAAGAAGAUCUGGAAGAGGACCAGCAUGAAACUACUGGAUCAAAUCAUCAACCUGUUUGUGGCCGUCAUCAUGGAUAACUUUGACUACCUGACGCGUGAUUGGUCGAUUCUGGGCCCCCAACACUUGGACGAGUUCAAAAAGAUCUGGGCUGAAUAUGAUCCUGAAGCCACGGGGCGCAUUAAGCACCUGGACGUGGUCACUCUCCUGAGGAGGAUUCCUCCUCCUCUGGGGUUUGGGAAGUUCUGUCCACACCGAAUCGCUUGCAAGAGGCUGGUGUCCAUGAACAUGCCUCUGAACAGCGAUGGAACCGUCACCUUCAACGCCACGCUGUUCGCCCUGGUCAGAACCGCCCUCAAGAUCAAGACCGAGGGUAACUUUGAGCAGGCCAAUGAGGAGCUGAGGGGAAUCAUCAAGAAGAUCUGGAAGAGGACCAGCAUGAAACUACUGGAUCAAGUCAUUCCCCCAAUCGGAGAUGACGAGGUGACUGUGGGGAAGUUCUACGCCACCUUUUUAAUCCAGGAUUAUUUCCGGAAACUGAAGAAGAGGCAGGAAGAGUAUUACGGCUUUCGUCCUAACAAGAAAAACGCCACCAAUGAGAUACAGGCGGGGCUGAGGAACAUCGUGGAGGAGGCUCCUGCUGAGCUGCACAGAACCAUCUCUGGAGACCUGAUAGAGGAGGACAGCGAUGAGGGAGGAGAGGGGAUAUUAAGGGUCUCCAGAGAUGGUUCUGUGCAGCUCAGCAGGAGCCUCCUCCACGAUGUUCCUCAGCCCCGCCUGAAACGCAUAAAACACGGGAUAAAACACGGAAUAAAACUGUAUAAAACUGUAUAA